GUACCAUUUGAAGUGUCAUACCAAGGAUUUGGCUGAAAUACGAAGAUACAAUACGAAAAAAAAAAAAUGGUUUUAAGAUGCUAAAGGAGUUGUUCCAAAAUGUUUAAAUUCACGUCAAAAUAUCGUCGGAAAUGCAUCAUUCGAUAUUGGCCAAUCAUUUGCUACACAAUAAUAGCACUCUCGUAUUUUUGUACAAUCGUUAGUGGAAAGUGUUCUGAUAUAAAAGACUGUAUGAAUGGAGGAGUUUGUGGAAACGGGACUUGUGUUUGUGCGGAUGGUUGGCAGGGUAAUGAAUGCCAGUUUUGCGGAGGAAAAGUCAGAUUAACUGACUUGGAAGGCAAUAUUCACGACGGUAUUGGCAACUACUCUGUUGGCGUUAAGUGCAGUUGGCUGAUCGAUGCAAGAGAUCACAAUCUGUAUGGUUUGACCUCACGUGAACAAAAGAAACCAAGUAUUCGCCUUCAUCUGGAAGAAUUUGCAACGGAAUGUGGGUGGGAUCAUCUUUAUGUGUUCGACGGAGAUAGUGUCGAGUCUCCAUUAUUAGCCGUCUUCAGUGGACUUAUGUAUCGCAAGAAUUUCUCCAUUCGACGUGUUCCAGAGGUUGUGGCCCAUUCCGGAUCGGUGCUGUUGCACUUUUUCAGCGACGAUGCAUACAAUAUGUCCGGCUUUAAUAUUUCAUACAAAAUAAACGGCUGUCCAACAAUCGAUUCGUCGGUCAACUGUUCGAAUCACGGCGUUUGCCUUGAUGGAACGUGUACGUGCGAUGGCGAUUACAUGGGUGCAGCGUGCCAUGUGCCAAAAUGUCUGAACAAUUGCUCGUAUUCGUUGAAUCAAGGGAUUUGCGAUCCGCAGGCUCACAGAUGCUCUUGCAAUCCUGGCUUUGCUGGCAGUGAUUGUACUCAGAUCGCAUCGCUGGGUUAUUGGACAACAAUUUCGCCCGAAUUCGCAUCACCCGUCCGUGGAAGUGCGUCGCACGGUUCAGCCGUCUGGGCCGACACACUUUACAUAAUUGCUGGUGAAAGUUACGGUCAAGGGGAACUGUUGACCACGUACGACUUCAAUGGCAACGUUUGGGAGACCGUUCACACUUCCGGAUCAAUAAUACCGGAUCCACGGUACGGAGCGUCGACCGUCAUGUAUGGCGAUAAGAUUUUCAUGUACGGAGGUGUGGUCGGAACGAAAGGCGUUUGCGACGAACUGUGGGCAUUUGAUGUCAGUGCAAAAUUGUGGGAGAAUAUUGUGGUGAAAUCAGAACCCUGUAAUGCGACAUGGAUUAUGUGUGGUCCACUGAAAUCGGCGGGGCACACAGCAACCUUAGUGCCUGGCUAUGAUCCGACAACUAAAGCUCACUACCAGUACAUGGUCGUCAUUUUUGGCCAUUCACCACAGUUCGGCUAUUUGAAUACGGUUCAAGAGUACACAUUUGGCACGAGAGAAUGGAAAAUUGCCGAUACGUUUGGAUUUCCGGUUAAGGGCGGUUACGGUCACAGUGCAAGUUAUGAUUAUUUGACGGAAAAAAUUUAUGUUUACGGCGGGAUUGUGUCCGAAAGUGAAAGUAACCAAUUGAUAAGCAGCCAUCUGUACAGUUACGAGCCGAAAACAAAGACAUGGUUAUUAUUGACUGCAGCAGAAACUGGACGAUUUUUGCAUACAGCAAAUUUUAUAUCUCAUGGACUGAUGAUGGUCUUCGGUGGCAAUACACACAACGAUACGUCCCACAGUUUUGGUGCCAAAUGCUACAGCAAAGAGCUACUUCUAUACGACGUGAUCUGUGACUCGUGGCACAUUCAGCAAAUGCCGAACGAUCUCCGAACCGACCUAGCUCGUUUCGGACACAGUGCAGAAAUGUUCAAUCGAUCACUGUUCAUUUACGGUGGGUUCGAUGGCCAAAUGGUGUCCGACAUGCUAAAAUACACUCCGGGAAAUUGUAUUUCCUUACAUAAAUCCGAACAAUGUCUAUCAACACGUCCUGGAUUAAAAUGCGUCUGGGACAUUCAAAAGUCCAAAUGUGUUGCUGUCGGUGAUAUUGACAAAAGUAUACUAAAAGUUAGAGACCAGGACAUCUACCAACUUUGUCCGAAAGAGAGUCGCCUGGUUAUGACACAGCAGUUGCUGCUCGAUGCUUCACGGUGCGGUGAUCUGUUGGACUGUCAGAGUUGCAUUUCCACAUCUUUCGGAUGCACAUUUUGUGGUGCAGGCAUUUGCUCCAAAGACAAAUGUCGAGACGUUCAUCUGGAUGGUGUUUCAAUUCCAGCUUAUCCGAUUACGACACUAGACAAGUGUCAAGAAGAUAGCGGACCAAUUUGUGCUCAAUUACAUGCAUGUCACGCAUGUAUAUCUAAUUCCCAGUGCUAUUGGGACUAUGAACAAAGUAAAUGCAGAUUAGUGGGUAAUAGAACGGUUGAAGAACCACUUCCGUGUCCACCCUCUUGCUCUUCUCUGACAUCGUGCAGUAAUUGCACAACGGAGGAAUGCAUUUGGUGUCAAAAUGAGCAACGGUGUGUGGACAAAAACGCGUACACAUCCAGUUUUCCAUAUGGUCAGUGUCGUGAAUGGACAACACUGACAACAAAGUGUAGGGUAGCCACGUCCGGCAAAUCUCAAUGUGGAUUUUACAAGUCAUGUGCACAGUGCCGAGACGAUCCAGCUUGCGGCUGGUGUGAUGACGGUUCGCGAACUGGUCUGGGGAAAUGCCUUCCAGGCGGAGACAGUGGUCCCCAAGAAGAGAUGGAAUGUCCAGUCCAUCGGUGGCAUUUUACGCAUUGUCCCAGUUGUCAAUGCAAUGGACACAGUACGUGUGACGAUGAUAAGACGUGUCGUCAACCAUGCGCUAAUUUAACGACAGGCCAGAACUGUGAACGAUGCAAGACUGGCUACUGGGGUAAUGCAGUCAAUGGCGGAAUAUGCCAAAAGUGUGAAUGCAACGGCCAGGCAACACAUUGUCACCAUGAAACAGCAAAAUGUUAUUGCAGUACAAAGGGUCUGGCCGGCGAUCAUUGUGAGAAAUGCGAUGCGACGAAUCAUUAUCACGGUGAUCCGAGCAAGGGAUCAUGCUACUAUGAUCUCACCAUCGACUACCAAUUUACGUUCAAUUUGUCGAAGAAAGAGGAUCGACAUUUUACCCAAAUUAACUUUCGAAAUUCGCCAAUUAAGUCCGAUAUUGACGCUGAUUUUAGCAUCGUGUGCAGUGUGGCCUCUAAAAUGAAUGUUACGAUGAGGAUGGCUGGCGGACCGGAAAAACCGUUAUUUAGUAAUGUAAAUUGUUCAACGUUUCGAUACCGAUUUUCGAAAACGGAACACCAUUUUGGCAUUGAAGACAACGUAACGCUGACCACGUUCUACGUUUACGUAUACGAUUUCCAGCCGCCGCUUUGGAUACAGAUCGCAUUUUCUCAAUAUCCCAAGUUGAAUUUACAGCAAUUUUUCAUCACAUUUUCCACCUGCUUUCUGUUACUGUUGAUGAUGGCGGCUAUCUUAUGGAAAAUAAAGCAAAAAUAUGAUAUGUUUCGACGGCGCCAGAGGUUAUUUGUUGAAAUGGAGCAAAUGGCCUCGAGACCAUUCUCACAGGUAUUGGUCGAUAUUGAAAGUCGCGAAAUGCUGGAAAUAUCUUCUGCCGUAGAAAACAUUGCAAAUGUUCAAAAGAAACGAAAAAAGGACUCACCAAGCCCAAUAGCAUUAGAACCCUGCAACGGCAAUAGAGCUGCAGUUUUAUCACUUCUAGUCCGGCUGCCUACAGGUGGCCUACAACAUUCACCUCCCGGACAAGCGGCCGGUUUGGCUGUUGCUAGUUCAUUAGUGACAUUAGGCAAUCCCAGACGACCGUCGAUAGACCUUCCAAAAGAGCCUAAGGCAAAGCGAAAACAAAGCCAACAUCCGGAUAGUUGUAUAUAAGACAAAAGAAAGAAAGAAAAAACGUUUCAAAAAUUUAAAUAAUUGCACGUAGGUAUUUAAACUGAGAACAGAACAUAGAAGAAAGAAAGAAAAAACAACAUUUUAAAAUUAAGUCAACUAGACAUUAAGCAUAAACAAAAUGAGAUGAGAAAGCAGGAAGAAGAAGAAAGAAAGAGAAAAACAACACUAGAGAGAGAAC